GGCAGAAGCAGAGCAAGAGCUCCGAGAACCUCAUCAAAACGACCAACAUCGUCCUCUCCACCUCCACCUUUCCCAUCCACACUCACACCCAUCCUCAAUUGCCCUCUGAACAUCUCGGACAAGAUGUUGGCGGGUCGAUUCGCAGUUCGAACCGCGCGCACGAUGGCGCCGCGCGUCUCAAUGGCCGCACGACGAUGCUACGCCGCCGCAGCGUCGGAGACGAAGCCCCCGAUUGAACUGUACGGCGUGGACGGAACAUACGCCAGCGCUCUGUACACAGCAGCGGCGAAGACAUCUGCGCUCGACCCUGUGGCGAAGGCGAUGGAGAACCUGCUAGCCGUUAUCAAGAAGGACACCAAGCUGGUAUCUAUCCUCGAGGCACCGGCGCUGACCGCCGAAGACAAGGCCGGCAUCACGUCAGAGCUGCUCAAGCACACUGGCGGCGCGGACAAGGACAACAUCGUCAAGAACUUCCUCACCACCUUGGCCGAGAACAACAGGCUGGGUGCCCUCGCCGCCGUUGCUGAGAACUUCGGCAAGCUCAUGAGCGCCCACAAGGGCGAGGUCGAGCUCAUCGUCACCAGCGCCGCUCCGCUUGAGCCAAAGGUUCUCAAGCAGCUCGAGAAUGCUGUAGGAAAGAGCCAAUACGUCGGACAGGGAAAGAAGCUGAAGGUUGUGCCAAAGGUUAACCCAGACAUCCGUGGCGGUCUCAUCGUCGAAAUCGGCGACCGCACCAUUGAUCUCAGCGUUUCGGCAAAGAUGGCGAAGAUGAACAAGCUGCUCAGGGACCAAUUGUAAGAUUUUUAAAACAUAAACCGCUUUCGACGCACGUCCGUCAAAGUGUUUUGGUGAUGGUGAUCUGGGGGAGGUGACUCCUUUUCCUUGCGUCCGAAACCAAGAGAGGUCAUGUGUGCGAUAAGCAUGCCAGCAUAGACGUCGAAAAUGUGUACAGUUGAACUCCUUGCUAGCUUUUCUCAAUCUUGUGUACGAACUACAACGUGCUCAUUUCUACACUGGUAGCUGACAGGUGAAUUCUUGAGAAUACUCGCAUCAUCACUAUCCUGAUAGAUCAUAAACGGAUACCAGCAACGCGGUAUAUGGUCACGCAGAAAGAGAAACCAGGAACUUGCAACCGCAAUCGGCCUAUCACAUACGACAGUUCACCCCGUCUUUUCCGUGUCUACGCUGAGGCCUGUGCAAAGGAAACCUCAACGACUACUAAUAGACCAGGACGCGUCCCAGCCCUUCAAUCCCACAAAGUGCUCG